CGCACACCGCUGGCAUGCCGUUGCAGCUGCUGUUGGACAAGACAUCCGAUUUCCUGCGGACACUGGAAGGGACUGAUAACCCCUUCUUCAUCAUGGUUGGCACUCCGUCAUGCCACGACCCAACAGAGCCUGCACCAGAAUAUGCGCACCUCCUGCCAAACGCAACUGCCCCGCGCCCGCCAAACUACGGCAAGGCGUUUCGAGACAAGCACUGGUUUGUUGCAAAGCAAGGAGAGGUCGCAGGUUUUGGAUCAGUCACUCACACACACACCCACACACACACUCACACACACACUCUCUCUUUCUCUCACUCACUCACACACACACUCUCUCUUUCUCUCUCACUCUCACACACACUCACACACACACACUCUCUCACUCACUCCCUCACUCACUCUCGCCGCCUCUUGUCCGUUUCUCAUCAACGGUUGCCGCCUGGGACGGCGCCGCGCGGACUCGUGCAGACGGCAGUGGUUCUUGUUCGCAAUGAAGGGUUCCGCGCACUCUACCGUGGCCUCACCGCCUCCCUGGGCAGGCAGGGCACAUACUCCACCACCCGCUUUGCAGUGUACGACUUUCUCAAGGCUGAAUUCAGUGCCCGCAAGGCUGACGGGCAGCUGACGACUGCCGAGCGCUUUGCAACAGCCAUGACCGCGGGCGGGUGCGGUGGCAUUGUGGGCACACCCAUGGACGUGUGCAACGUGCGCAUGCAGGAUGAUGGCCGGCUGCCGGCUGCCGAGCGCCGCAACUACAAGCACGUCGGCAACGCCCUUGUUCGCAUCAUCAGGGAGGAAGGCAUUGGCAAGUUGUACUCUGGGCUCGGGCCCAACGUGAUUCGCGCCAUGCUCAUGACGGCGGGGCAGCUCGCCUCAUAUGACACGUUCAAGCAGCAGCUGCUGACAACAACUGGCGGCCUGCUCAAGGACAACCUCGUCACCCACUUCACGGCGUCGACGCUUGCCGGUGGCGUUGCCACGCUGCUGACACAGCCGGUCGACGUGGUGAAGACGCGCGUGAUGGCAGCGACCCCAGGCACAUACAGCAGCGCGCUGCAGUGUGCGGGCAUGACGCUCAAGCAGGAAGGACCGCUCGCCUUCUUCAGGGGGGCGGUGCCUGCGUUUACUCGUCUGGGCCCACAAACGAUCCUCACGUUUGUGUUUCUGGAGCAGUUGCGGCGAUUGCACUACUACCUCACGCAUGGCGAGGACAAGCCCGUCUGAUGGAGGCAAGGGGGGUUUGAUUGGCGUGGUGAUGUGUGUGCAUGUGUGUGUGUGUGUGCAUGUGUCGUGCGCGUCGUUGCUUGUUGGUUGUGUUUGCAAUGAAGAGGAGUUGCUGUUGCGCUGGGCUGUGGCCCACUGUUGUGCUGCGUCGUGCGCACGUGACGUGGCCUUGCCUUCCUUCCUGUUGGGACGCUGCUCUCUCAGGGGGACGUCACUCUCUGCCAUAUGCCCGUUUGCUCUGUUUGAUGUCACAUCACAACAUUACUUCGUGCAUCUGACAGCAUGAUGGGAGUAAAAGUGGUCAUGGA